AUCGGGAGGAAAAUCAACAUUGAAAGCAUCUUCCGCAGAGGGAGAAAACGCGCAAUCUACGUGACCAAAAUGUCCAUGUACCAUGUACGAUUGUUUACACCCUUGGUAGUUCGCUGGCUUGAUUUGCCCGUCCCAUGUUCCCUGACCCCUCCCCUCCCCUCCCCAGACAGACACGAGCGCGCCAAGGCCAAGCCGAAAGGAGCAUCUGGUUUCGUAACCCGCGCCUGUACCGUACCCCAUCCUGUCACAUUACCCCUAGGAGUAACUCUCCCCACACACAUACGCACGCGCGCACGCACGCACGCACGAUGGGCAAAAGCAACGUCAAAGAAAAGAUCAAACAAAAACGAAGCAAAGCAAAAAAAAAAAGGUUGCCAGAACUAACAAGGUCCAAGGGUCCUUGUUGUGCGCGCGCCUGGCAUUUUUGCUGACUCUGGGGUGGGUGUGAUUGAUUGUCUGUGCGCGCGCCUUUGUAUCCUGCAGGCGUCCGUCCCCCCAACGCGCGGAUUUUUUAGAUUUGGUAAGUGUCAGAUCGAUGCUUGAAGCGGGCUGGAGCGGUGCGGGUGUUAAAAAUGAUGAAGCAUAUCCGAUUGGGUUCGAAACAAGCUUGUUUGAGAAGGAGAGGGUUUAGAUGAGCAAGUUUAGCUGGAAUGGAAUAACUAGUAAAGUACGUGUGGGUAAUGUAUGUAGUAUG